GAGGGCGCUGCGUGUGUUGCGUAUGCUCGCAAGAGGAACGUAUUUCGUUUCGCUGUGAUUGGCCGGGUGGAGUUCUGGCGGAAGAAGCCGCGCAGUGCGGGUGGAGGGCGCUGCGGCAGGAUGAUGGGGUGGCCGGUGCCACCUAUGACUUACCUAUUACUGGGAGGACAGGGCCUGCUGCUCACCUUCUCCCUCAUCGCCUCCCAGAACCAGACCAGCCCUGGCUCCUCUGCAGAGCCCAGCACCACCCCUGUUCCCGAGCACAGAGACCCCGGGGGGCCCCUGGUCCUGUGCGAGUACUUACCAGAAGAGUUCAUCCAAUGUGAGGAUCCGAUGGAUCAUACAGGAAAUGUGACCAUGCAGCAAGAGGUUGGCUAUGGCUGUGCCAAGUUUGGAGGACAGGCCUAUGGUGACGUGGAGCAUACAAAAGUCAUGUGCCAUGCGCUAGAGGAUAUUGAAUGCGCUGAGCCUCGCUCUUUUCAGCGUGGGAAUAAACCAUGUAUCAAGUAUACAGGCCACUAUUUCAUCACCACAUUGCUGUACUCCUUCUUCUUGGGCUGCUUUGGAGUAGAUCGCUUCUGCCUGGGACACACGGGCACCGCUGUGGGAAAGCUGCUCACUCUGGGAGGUCUGGGCAUCUGGUGGUUUGUGGAUCUUAUAUUGCUCAUCACAGGGGGGCUCAUGCCUAGUGACAACAGCAACUGGUGUACAAUAUACUGA